UAUUUUUGUAUCAUAUUUACAAAUGUGUAAUAAAUGUCACUUGUCAAAAUUUAGUGGAUAACCUAUAAUGCUAUAGUGUGACGUCAGUUGGUAUUUUUGACAGAUCUGUAAAAUAGCGGGACAAUUCGAGUUAAGGUUAUGUUUCAAAAAAACGCGCGACUUGCAAAAAUUAUUUCUGUGAUUUCUUCGAAAAAUUCCACGCAAAUGGAGCCCUGUAUAAAUAUUAAAUCUGAAAAAAAUAUUGAUAUUGAAAUUAUCGUGAACCCUAGCAGGCAAAGCAAUGAGAAUAAGGAAAAUUUGAUUAAGAAUAAUUUUUCCGCUGGUGAUGUAAUUGCAACAAAACAUGAGGAGUAUCAAUAUUUAGACCACAUCCAUAAAAUUAUAACCACAGGUGUUAAAAGGAACGAUCGUACAGGAGUUGGUACAUUUGCUUUAUUUGGAGCCCAAAUGCGUUACUCCCUUCACAACAACAUAUUUCCUUUAUUAACAACAAAACGCGUUUUUUGGCGCGGUGUAGUUGAAGAACUUUUAUGGUUCAUUAGAGGGAGUACCAACGCUAAAGAUUUAGCAAAGAAAAAUGUGAAUAUUUGGAAUCCCAACAGCACCAGGGAAUAUUUAGACUCAAUUGGUUUAACUGAUCGUGAAGAAGGCGAUUUGGGACCUAUUUAUGGUUUUCAAUGGAGACAUUAUGGAGCUGAAUAUGGUAAUAUGCACACUGAUUAUACUAAUAAAGGUAUUGAUCAAUUAAUGGAUGUUAUUAAUACUAUUAAAAAUAAACCAACUGAUCGAAGGAUAAUUAUGUGUGCUUGGAACCCCAUUGAUAUCCCUAAAAUGGCAUUACCUCCUUGUCAUUGUUUAGUUCAAUUUUAUGUAGCCGAAGGAGAACUUUCUUGUUUAUUAUAUCAACGUUCAGCGGAUAUGGGUCUUGGAGUUCCUUUUAAUAUCGCCAGUUAUGCUUUACUUACUUAUAUGAUUGCUCAUGUUACAGGAUUAAAGCCAGGUGAAUUUAUUCAUACCUUAGGCGAUAGUCACGUUUAUACAAACCAUGUGGUUGCUUUAAAAGAGCAAUUAAAACGCACACCACGAGCAUUUCCUACUUUGAAUAUUAAACGAUCUGUGAGCAACAUUGAAGAUUUUCAAUUUGAAGAUUUUGAAUUAAUUGGAUAUGAUCCAUAUCCAGCCAUAAAGAUGCAAAUGGCUGUUUAAGCCCAUCAAAGCAAGGAAACAGUGAUGAUCGAAUAUAAAACAGUGUGCUCCAUUUGUUGAUGAUUGUAAAUUUGGUUGAAAUGAAGUACAUUCUUUUUUUGUAUAAGAUAGGGUUAAUAUGUUGUACUUAAGUAAAGGUGAAGUGAUCCAAUAUUAAUAAAAAACCAAAUAUUUUUAAUAA